AUGAGUGACAUUGAGGAGUUAGCACACAAAAAGGUGAAAUUCUACACUUUUGGGUGUUCUCAUAAUGUGAGUGACAGUGAAGUGAUGCAGAAGGAUUUGACCGAAGCCGGAUACAUUUUAGAUAAAGCGGACUCUCCUUUAGAAGGCAAUUACACUGCUGUUGUAGUCAACAGUUGUACUGUGAAAAACCCGUCGCAGCAAUCGAUUGAACAAAUUAAAAAGAAGUGCGAGGAGAUGCACAUCCCCGUUGUCUUAGCGGGAUGUGUUCCGCAAGCGGAUCCAAAGGUAUUUAAGUGUUCUAAAAACUGUUCGAUAGUUGGUGUUGACCAACUUCAUAAAAUCAAAGACGCCGUCGAGUCAGCCGUUCGCGGAGAAGGAGCGACGUAUCUUGAGAGAGGACCGUUAGUUGACAUCGACUCAUAUGAGAAGAGUAGUCCACUCAUAGACAUUAUAGUGACAUGUACAGGGUGUGAGAAUGCAUGUACAUAUUGUAAGACAAAACACGCGCGUGGUGGGCUGAGGAGUUAUCCCAUUAUUGAUAUCAUCAAACGAAUUAAAAAGUCGAUCAAUGAAGGAGUUAAGGAAUUGCGAUUGACUGGUGAGGAUAUUGGAGCAUAUGGAAUGGAUAUUGGAGACACGUUUCCACAUAUGUUGAAAGAGAUGUGUGACGUAGUAGAAGGUAAAGCAAUGAUCAGAAUUGGAAUGGUGAACCCGCCAUACAUCAUUAAGUACUUUGACGAGAUUGUCGAGGUCUUUAAGAGAAAAUGUGUGUACAAGUUCAUUCAUAUUCCUAUCCAAUCGGGAUCAACUCAAGUUCUUGAAGCAAUGAAAAGAAAAUAUACACGAGAGGAGUUCGAUGAUGUCUGCGCGCGACUCAGGAAGUGUAUACCCGAGAUCACCAUUGCAACCGACAUCAUUUGUGGAUUCCCAACAGAAACGGACGAAGACCAUAAAAUGACGUUGGACUGUUUGAAAGUGCACCAAUUUCCGAUUGUUAACAUCUCCCAAAUGUGUAUUAGACCGGGUACCCCCGCAGCUCAAAUGAAACCAGUCAAUUCAAAAGUUAAGAAACAACGGAGCAGAGAAGUCACAGAGUACUUUGAUUCCUAUUUCCCAUAUAAGAAUAUGGUUGGGAAGACCUGCCAGGUGUGGAUCAAUGAAAUGGCCCACGACAAACAAAAUUAUGCCGCCCACGAUAUCUCAUUUGUCCAAGUCAUUUUGGCACCACAGAAGAAUGUCGACUUAUUUGGGAAGUCUGCUAUUGUGAAAAUUGUUGAGGCGGGGAAGUUCUUUGUGAAGGGCGAAUUUGUGUCACUUGCGGAGUAA